UUCAUCAACUUGCUUAGUGACAACCAUAAAAUUCUCUCUCUCUCUCUCUCUCUCCCUGUCUCUCUCCCCCUCUCAGAUGGACUUAGUGAAUGAAAUUCUCCAAGAAUUGAAGAAGGAAGGACUCACCUUAAUUAGGAACAGGACCCCAAUGGUAUCAGCUACAACCUCCAUGUUGUUGGCCUUAAGCUUAUUAUCAGGUGCAGUUUUGGGGUACUUGUUCUUCUAUGCACCCUAUUGGGGUGUUAGGAGGUUACCUGGCCCUAUCCCUUUUCCUUUGCUAGGAAACCUGCCCUUGCUUGCCAAGUAUGGCCCAGACUUGUUCUCUGUCCUUGCCAACCAAUAUGGUCCUAUUUUCAGGUUUCAUAUGGGUAGACAGCCACUGGUAAUAGUAGCAGAUGCAGAGCUUUGCAAAGAAGUUGGAAUUAAGAAAUUUAAAGACAUUCCCAAUAGAAGCAUUCCCUCUCCCAUCUCUGCCUCCCCUCUUCAUCAGAAGGGUCUCUUCUUUACCAGGGAUCAAAUAUGGUCUACAAUGAGAAACACAAUAGUAUCAGUCUACCAGCCAUCCCACCUAGCCAAAUUGGUGCCAACUAUGCAAGCAUUCAUUGAGUCUGCAACUCCAAAUAUUCCUUCUAACGAAGAAGAGGACAUCAUUUUCUCUGACUUCUCCCUCAAACUAGCCACCGAUGUGAUUGGGCAAGCUGCCUUUGGUGUUGAUUUUGGCCUCUCUUCUAAGCCACAAUCAGGAGGAGACUCCAUGAACGAUUCAAGGCAUCAAGGCAAAAACAAUAGUGAAGCCCAUGACUUCAUGAAGAAACACAUCUACUCCACAACAAUGCUCAAGAUGGACCUUUCAGGCUCAUUCUCAAUUAUAUUAGGCCUGCUUGUCCCCAUACUCCAAGAGCCAUUUCGCCAAAUUCUUAAAAGAAUACCAGGCACUAUGGAUUGGAAAGUAGACCGAACUAAUCGAGAUUUGAGUAACCGCCUUGAUAAGAUUGUUGUGAAGAAGAUGAAAGAAAAGGAUCAAGGCUCAAAGGACUUUUUGUCACUCAUAUUGAGAGCAAGGGAGUCAGAGGCGGUGAUGAAGAGUGUUUUCACCCCAGACUACAUCAGCGCAGUUACUUAUGAGCAUCUACUUGCUGGAUCAGCCACAACUUCGUUUACAUUGUCUUCCACUGUCUAUCUAGUUGCUGGGCAUCCGGAAGUUGAGAAGAAGUUGCUUGAAGAGAUUGAUGGGUUUGGCCCGCAUGAUCAAAUGCCGACUGCUGAUGAUCUCCAAUUCAAAUUUCCCUAUCUUGAUCAGGUGGUCAAAGAGGCAAUGAGGUUUUAUACUGUAUCUCCAUUAGUUGCAAGAGAAACAUCAAAACAAGUGGAGAUAGGAGGUUACACUCUGCCAAAGGGGACAUGGGUCUGGUUGGCACUUGGAGUUCUAGCUAAGGACCCGAAAAACUUCCCAGAGCCAGACAAAUUCAAGCCAGAGAGGUUUGAUCCAAAUUGUGAAGAAGAAAAACAAAGGCACCCUUAUGCAAACAUACCUUUUGGAAUUGGACCUCGAGCAUGCAUUGGCCAAAAGUUCUCCAUACAAGAAAUAAAACUGUCACUGAUUCAUCUAUACCGUAGAUAUGUAUUUCGCCAUUCCCCCAACAUGGAAAAGCCUCUGGAACUCGAGUUUAGCAUAGUUCUUAACUUCAAGCAUGGUGUCAAGCUUAGAGCCAUCAAACGUGCAUAAAUGUGGUUGAGCAUGACGCUGUGAACUUCUUAGCACGUUUGUAGAAGCUUAUAACAUAAGAAGUUUGAAGUUUUUCUGGGUUUUGAUGAUCUCUGCCUAUCAUCCCAAUUUGGUCAUGUUUUUUAAUACUGCAAACUAUAUUGUAAUGUUAAUAGAGAUUCUGGAAAUAUUAUAGAUUGAGCAAGUUAACUAGACAUUCUCAUGAUGACCAUGGGAAUGAAAUGCUAAUAAAUAAAAAAAAAGCAUUAAUUAA